AAUUUGGCAACUCAGCAGGGAUCUCUGUCUUGCUCAGAGAGGGCUAGGAUGGGGGUCGAUAGGGGCCCAUUAGUAAGUUUUAACCCUGAGGCUUUCUAACAGGUUAAUCCAGCCAUGGUAUCUACCACCAAAGUACUGAAAAUACUUGUGUCAGUGUGAAACUAAAAUGUAUUCACAGGUUAUUGUGAUCAGGGGCAUUUCCACCCUUAACAGUAUAUCAACAGGUGGUCUUUGUGCCAGUAUCCAAGUCAGCUGUGUUGGGGUGGUUAACCAAGACAGCCAAUCAUCUGUCUUGUUUUCUUCCGUUUAGGAUUUUAUGUUUGUGAGCUCAGUGCCAUUGUAGAGAAAUGCACAAUUCAGCAUUUUCCCGAAUAGACAGGAAGAAAGGCUUGAAAUGAGAGCCUGUCUGUUCAAUGCAGUGAGAUGAAGCUGUUAUCUAUUAUGUGGAUACACACAACAUGUGGUGCGUGUGUGUGCCACAGCCUGUCCUUCACUCAGACACUUUAUAAAGGUCAUUAUAGUACUGAUAGUGUUGUUAUUAUCGCCUGUUGUGACAGAGGCGGGUUUAGGAUCGGGGCACGCGGUGAUUGGACGUGAUGACCCCCACUUUGUCACGGUGCUUCCGUUCCGUGCGUACGCGCAUGCGCAGCGACCCCUCUCUUCUGAUAUUUUAUUUACUCCCGAAACCCAAGAUGGCUCCUGUGAAUGUCUCGGUCCCAUAGCAAAUUGAGGAUGCAAGUAGCUGCCGAAAAAACAACUUUUCCCCGACCGUCGCAUCCCCUGGAGUUCAAUUCGUAUGGUGCGGAGGAGGCCCUGACAUCCGUCUAGGCACCGCGCAGCCGUCGGAGCUCCGCGAAACCUUCUUCAACCCAGCAAUUUGGAGUAGUUUCGCGAAGUAGCUCUUCUCCUCGCUGUCGCCGUCUGUCCGGAGCGAGGUUCAGACAGGCAGGCAGCUCAUCCAAAUGGCCGAACCGAGAAAAGUGCAAUUUGUCACCCUCUCGGCCUUCGCAGCUGGAGCAGCCGCGGAGUCUAGGAAACGCCGGCUGGAGGAUGAGGCCGACUUCAACUUCGGUGGAGCCGGGGAGGUCGAGGCAGCGACCGGGGCAGCGGGUGCUGCCAGCAGCGAGCGUCUCGACGAAACCGGCGACAGGGAAAAGGCUGGAGCCGAGAAGAGGGCGACGGUGCGGCUCAACCUGUCCCUCUCCGAGCCUGACGACCGCUCCUCGGUCGAGUUCAAUUACGGCGAACUCGUCCAAAACCUCCAGUCAAAGAAUAAACCUCCAAGUGUGACUCCAGCCCCAAAUCCUGCUACCCCCUUCAACGAUGAGGAGAGAGAGCGGCUUCAGGUCGAGGCUCUGGCAAAAAAGUUUGAAAAUAAAUAUGGUAACACUGGGAAGAAGAAGAGGAAGGACCGAAUGCAAGAUUUGAUCGAUAUAGGUUUUGGCUACGAUGAGACGGACCCCUUUAUUGACAACUCAGAAGCUUAUGAUGAGCUGGUGCCUGCGUCUCUGACCACAAAGCUGGGGGGAUUUUACAUCAACACAGGCACGCUGCAGUUCAGAGCAGCCUCUGACUCGGAGGGGGAGGGAGACAAGAAGCAGAAUGACAACAAGGAGCAGGUGAUUAAGAAGAGGAAAAAGAAGGACGUGAACAAUCUGGAGGAGAAGAACCCAAAAAAGAACAGAAUACCGAAACAAGGAGUGACAGCUCUCAACCUCCACCGGCCAGAGAAGAAGAAAAGGAAGAAGCUGAUGAAGGACUCGCUGUACCUAGCAGCUAUGCUCCGCCGCUUCACCCGGGAGAAGGAGGAGAUGAAGAAGCGGACUCCGAAUAUGGCUCACCCCAGCCUGGCAGGAGCUGUGACGAACAAGCCCCACUCCACCAACUCAACAAACCACCUGUUAGCCUCCAACUCCACCCACCCGCAGGGAAACACGGCCAGCAACGACCUCUCGCUGGCUGACCUCACCUCGGACCCUGCCGUGAUGUCACUGCUGGGCUCGGCCAAUGAGAAGGAGCUGCAGGAUCUCCUAGGCGACCUGGAUUUCAGCCUGUUGGACACUGACCAGCAGCACGCCAUGGCGGCGGCCAGGGAGAAUGGCAUCCUGGGAGUCGGUGUUCCGGCUCAUAAAGCAGCAGCAGCAGCCGCCACAACAGCAGGAGGAGGUGGUGGUGGUGGCCAGGGGCGAGGUCUAGGGUCUUCCAGCGGACUGUUUUCUCCGCCCCCGUUGCCUGAUGGACUGCCUGCUCCUCUUAUCAAACGCAUCGAGGACCUGCGGGCGGCCUCGCGGCAGUUUGAUCAAGAAGGCAGAAAGAAAUUUUUCACCCUUGACAUGAAUAACAUUCUCCUGGAUAUCGAACUGCAGGUCCAGGAGCAGCCUCCUGAGGUGCGUUCAGAAAUCUACUCGCACAUGGAGGCAUUUGUGCCGUGCAACAAAGAAGCCCUCCUCAAACGCUUGAAAAAGCUCAGUCUCAACAUCCAGGACGAUCGACUAAGGACGCCACUUUUGAAGCUGAAGCUUGCAGUGUGUAGUGUGAUGCCAGAGCAGAUAGCCAGAUACAACAUGGACUGCAUGGCAAAGGUUGCAAAGCAGCAGUCAGAAGAGGGUGACAGGAAUGGCUCAGAGGAAGAAGAUGAAGAAAAGCCUGGAAAGAGGGUGAUGGGCCCACGGAAGAAGUUUGUCUGGGAUGACAAACUCAGGAACCUGCUAUGCAGCCUCGUGCGAGUGAAGCUGAGCUGCUACGAGAUGGAGAACCAGUGCUCUCUGUCUGUGGAGGACUACCUCAAGGCCUUCUUAGAGAACGAGGUCAAACCACUAUGGCCCAAGGGCUGGAUGCAGGCCAGGAUUUUGUUGAAGGAGAGUAUUUCUGUUCACGGUCACCUCACUGGAAACCUCGUUAAGAGGAGAAUGGUGCCUGGGCCCAAGGCCAAAGCCAAGGAGGGUCUUUGGAUCCACAAACCACCUCUCACUAUGACCUCCACCCCUUCUCUGCCCUCCUCAACUUCCGUUCUGACCUCCAACCGCCUGCCCAUCUCCUCCUCACCCUCGGAGCCCAUCUGUCUGUCAGACUCUCUGGACGAGGAUCUGACUGCUCCCUCUCUGGACUCCAUCUCCCAUGCUCUGGCCCUCCUCAGCAAUGCAUCCAAGGGCCUGGGCCCCUCAGACAGCCCCUUGUCGCCUCCUCCCCUGCAAAUGCCCACCUCCUCUCCUCCCCCAGUCGCCCCUCACUACCCCUCAGCCUCUCAGCUAUCUGCCUCAGUCGCAUCCACAACGCAGCAACAUUCCCUGUCAAAGGUGGAGACAGCUGGGAACUUGACGUUGACAACGCUACCAACCUCCUCUCCUACCUCCUCUUCUUCGUCUCUCAGUGUCGCCGCCAUGGCUCGAGUGCAGGCGGCAGGCCUGUCGCUGGCCUCCAGGACUCCAAAUGGUCCCUACAGCUCAGUCAAAGGAUCCGGCACCAUGGGACAAACCCAGACUCAGAGACUUGUUACAAUGGCAUCACCCAAUCACAGGCCAAGCUCUGUGAUUGGCGCGAGCAGCAAGAUGCAUCCUCACCCCUCUCCUUCGCCUCCAAAGCUGCGGCCUCCUCCCACGGCUUCCCCUCUGCUGCCCCCCCAUCAGAAGGGCUUUGUUAGUCCGGCGGGGUUGCUGGGAACUCUGGGAGCUCCUCAAGGACUGGGUAAGAGCAGUGCCAAAGUCAGCGGAAAUGACAACACAGUGAGCAGCAGCGCCCCACCUUCUUCCUCUCCCUCCUCACAGUCCCGUUCCAACUCCACUACCCACUCUGUCCUGCAGUCUUUCUGCCCUCCUUCCCCGGCAUCCUCCUCGCCGUCCCCAACCUCCCAUACCUCACACUCCUCUCAAGGUAAAACACACACACACCACCACCACCAGCCCAACUUCAUCACACCCAUGCAGGCCACCCUCACAAAGUCCUCCCACAGCAGCAACUCCUCCCCUAUCAUCAAACUCACUCCUCGUCCUCCAGCACCCACCCCACCCCCCUCCUCUUCCCCUUCCCCAUCAUCCUCGCCCUCCCAUCCGCUCUCCCAUCAGAUGACCCCCAGCCAGCAGCACCAGUACUCCCCCAAAACCCCCAAAACUUUCCGACCCCCCUUCAGCAUGGCGGGCGGCGGGCAGGUGAAGCAGACACAGGCUGGCGGGCAGGUAAAGCAGAUGCAGGCCGGCGGGCAGGUGAAGCAGACACAGGGCGGCGGGCAGUUGAAGCAGACGCAGGGCGGCGGGCAGGUGAAGCAGACGCAGGGCGGCGGGCAGGUGAAGCAGACGCAGGGCGGCGGGCAGGUGAAGCAAAUGCAGGGUGGCGGGCAGCUGAAGCAGACGCAGGGCGGCUGCGGCUUUGUAGGAAGCCCGAAAACUCAGUCCAUCAUGAGCAACAGUAGCAUAAUCAACAACUCCACCAACAAUAAAGGGGUUGUAUCAGCUGUCAGUCACCCAGACAAGACUCCGUCGUCUUCAGCACCUUCUGUCUCAGCCAAUCACGGGCAGCGGCAGAGGGUUGUGGGCGGGGCUAACCAGAGCUUAAAGGCAGGAAAUGGUUGGUUGCCUUCAGGAACUCUGGCCACGUCGACCACAACAUCACACCUCUCACAGGUAUCAACAGCAGGCACUUCCCUCCUGGGCAGCCCCUCCACUUUGCCUCUGGGCUUUGGCAUGUUGGGAGGCCUGGUGCCCGUCUCGCUGCCCUUCCAGUUCCCCCCGUUGCUCAAUUUCAGCCCUCCCGGAGCCCCAGGGGCUGCUGGCAUGGGCUCAGCCCCCAGCUCCAACUCAGGAUACCCUCUAGCACAGAGCGACCUAAUGGAUCUGUAUAAGAGUCUCCAGUCAGGGUCGCAGGCCGCCCUACCUCCUCACUUGCAGCUUGCUUUCUCAGACGUGAACCAAAGCCAAGGUGGAGACAUGAAGAGGAAAUCACACUGACCAAUAACAGUGAGGUGAUGUCACAGCCUCCUGGACACAUACACCAAUAGGAAUCAUCACUUUGAUUGACUGACAGAGUGAUGUGGUAUGAGGGGGCGGGGCUACACUGCCUCUUUUAAAAUAAAAAUAAAAAAAACGGACCUAAAGGAGAAUCAGUUCAAUCCUCGCUACAAGUGGCAAUGAUGAAUUAAUUUAACUGUAUUUUCUAAUGAACCGGGUAUGAGAGCAAGACGGAGUGAAUGAUGAGAAUACUUUUUUUGUUCUGCUUCUUUUUAUUUUUGUCAACAUGUUUACAUAUGACCGACCUUGAUCACUGUGGAAUGCGUGUGAGCGAGGUGGUGGUACAGAUGAGAGUAGUGGUACGCUACGUAAUAUAAUUUGUAUUUAAGCUCAUGUGGAAUAACAGGACUCUUGUUUCUUGCAGUACAAAAAGGAAGAAAAAAAAACAAAAAAAGACUUGAGUAAUGAAUUUUUAUUUUUCUGUCUUUUGUCUCAGAUGUGGGAAUCGUUGUCUGUAGGAAUUUUAUUGUUGGUCACCUCUGCUCCCACAAAUGACUGUUAAGUAGUAGCUUAAAUUAAUAUUGAUAAAUUAUUUGUAAUUUACACAGGGACAAAAACACAUUAUGAAGUGUGUGUGCAUGAAAGAGAGAGCGAGAGAGAGAGAGAGCGCGGUGAGGUUGAUUUGAAUGUGUGUAUGUACAUAAAAGAAACACAAUAUACUGUUAAUUUCCAGAUUCUUCUGUAUGAAUGGAUAAGGAUGUGGAUUCCCUUUUCACAAUAAUGAGCGAGUGUAAGAUUGAUGCCCCUCUCUUGCUCAGUGUGUUCUUGGUGCUGUUUAAUCACACUGGACCUUUCUCUGGAAAAAAGACUUGAAUUGAAAAAGUUUCGGACUCCUCUUCAGGAGAGAGGAGCCGCCUGUGAGAGAGGGGAGAAACGUCAAGAUUGUAGCCUACUUGAAUUGUGUUUUUUUGUUGUUGUUUUUUCUUUUUUUUAAAUUUGUGAGUUAAGAUUUGAUUUACUUUAUCUGCUUAUUGACUCAAACCAACUUAAUAUAACACAACGCCUUAGUUUAUAUUGAAAAAGUAUGAAAAAGAUCUAUGCAGGACUGUAAAACGCUCAAUGCAAAAGUGCAAGUCGUCGCUUGGCUUUCAACCUCUACUCAACUUGUCAGUACAUUUCUGGAGUUGUGAAUGUUUGUAGAUGUUAUUCUGUCACAUGAGACUCUUUUCCUUCUGGCGUGUGUUCAGACAGAACGCAAAGUGAAUUUUAGAAGUCAAUGAAGUUGAUGGAAAGACAAUUGGAUGCAAAUUUGCACAAGGGUUGGUGCAAGAUGAUGUCAGUUUUAACAGAGCCCAUAACACAAAUACAGUCAAUUUAACCAAUUUAAUAAGACUUGACACUAUUGGAACUGCUGUAAUGAAUUGCUUUUAAUACUUAAUAGGCCAUUUUUAGCCACUAAAUUCCCCUCAAGGUCAAAUUUUAUGAAUUUACAAACUGAAAAAAAAAAAAAAAAACAGGUGUGAACAAGUUCCAUAAUUUCUGAGAUUAAAAAAAAACAAACAAAAAAACCCUUCCUACUGGAUGUUAAGAGCUCGCUCCAGUACAAUUGGAUGGCAGGCUAACCCUCUAUGAAUGAUGCUUAUCAGAAUAACGGCCUUUUUAAAUUUGCAUUCUGCUGACAUUACCUGAAUGCAGCAUCCAGAGUCACGUUUACAGACUCUCAGACAUGUGACUGUUGCAUCACCCAAGUUCACCAAAGUAAAACUCAACCAGAAGAGAAGAUGUCAAUGUGCUCCAGCCUUCUGUUACUCCUUGCAUGUGUGACCAAACCCUGAGACAAAAAGGAAAGUGACUUGUAGAAAGAGAUGAAAAGGAAUUGUGUCAAAGAAGCUGUGUUUGUGGUGAGUUCAGAGGCUGAGCACAAACACAGCUGUAAACUAGCUAGUCACCAACAUGAUGACUGUUCCUAAUGUCUGUAGAGACAACAAAUUGGCUGUUGGUGGCAAAUACACACAAAACGGUCAUAAUGACAAGGCUGUAGUUCGCCUGGCCAUCUGUCUGAACACACCUGUAGAGAUACCUUCCCUCUGCUGAAUACCUCCGUUAACAAUACCGUUCUUCCUGAGUCUCUGGCUUUCGUCCCCUGAACAGUUCCCAGUCCUCCUCCAUGUGUCUGACUGACUGACCGGCGGCACCGAGAACAGCGCCAAAGAUUGAUCUGUAGCUCCAUGUUGUAGAAGGGGUGCUGCUGGUCACUGUGUGUGUGUGUGUGUGUGUGUGUGUGUGUGUGUGUGUGUGAGUGUGAGAGAGAGAGAGAGUGUGUGAUUAUUCAACAUUUUCCCCCCAAAAUGUAAACCCAAGAGUGUAAAUGUGUGGUUGUUCAGGAUGUCAUUGUGAAGUCAUGUGACUGGAGCAGUGGGUGACAUCUUCUAAAUUGUGCUUUCUUUGGGCGGUGGGGGAGGAUCAAAAUGACAUUUCGUGGUUAAGUGGUCACCUAAUUUGGUCUUUUGUAGAUUAUUUUUGUGUGUCAAUUAUGAAAUUAAACAAAACAGGUGGUUUUCAGGAUGACUCUUGCAGACUUUUUUUUUUUUCUUCGUUCUUUUCAACUUUUUAACUUUGUUUAUUCUUUCAGAUUUAAGUGAUGAAUAUUAAUGUGAUUGAGCAACAUGUGCAUUCUCUGUCAACACCGCUGACCUCACGGCCCUCUGCCAACACUAGCAUGCUUUUCAUUUGUUAGCUGGACCUGAAGAGGAAGGCCAUCAGGUGAGACAGGUAAAAAGAUAGCUGUGGAUCAGAGGACAUUAUACACAUUUUAUUAAAAAAAAAAAAACAGUUGAAGGACCAUCAUUUGUUGAAAUAGCUGGGCACUGUAGUUUUUAGCUAAUGUUAUUCUGGAGUAAAUGGAGCAUUUGUUGGGGACUAUUUUCAGCAGUGGAUUAAUACACGUUUGGCGCUCUAGAGAUAUUUACCAUUUACAGUUUUACUGCAUGGUGAUGUGUGGGACUCAACUACAACGGCCAUGUUUAUGCUGAUGAAGAAACAACUGCGUGGCUCAGUUGUUUUCAAUAGUUGUUGCUUUCGGUCUUUUCACAGGAAAUUAAAUUAAUUUGUUUAAUAUCAGAAUUAUCCUUUAAGUCAAGUACAAGCUUUGACGUUUGGACAAACCUUUGGAGUCAGAAAAGUAUCAAUGUGUCAAGAACAUGAAACCAACAAUUAUUACUCCGCCGAGGAGGUUUGUUUUGACUGGUGAUCAUUUGUGUAAUCCUGCUUACUAACAACCGAACCCACAAACA